AUGCCUGCCCUCACUGAGACACCAAUAACAACGGCAUGCGCAGUGCCCAAGACGGCCGAUCUUUUGCAAACCCCAUCGACGGAGCCUCCAGAGGUGGCUGGAAACAGAGACAAGUUUAGGCACAGUGCCAACGCGGCAGCCUCAACCAAUGGCCACACAGAGGACCCCUUCAAGCUAAGCCCCAAGUUUGCCUACACGCCGCGUAGGAUCAAGGUCAUCACCAUCGGCGCUGGCUUCUCUGGCCUACUCAUGGCGCAUAAGUUCCAGCACCGCUUUCCCGAAAUGCAAGAUGUCGUCGACCACACCAUCUUUGAGGCUCGGAGCGAUGUGGGUGGUACUUGGUUGGCAAACCACUACCCUGGCGUGCAAUGUGACGUUCCCGCUCACAUUUACGCAUUUCCUUUCGAUCCCAACCCCAGCUGGGAGAGAUUCUACGCCAGCGGAGGUGAUAUCUUGGCCUAUAUCAAAGCCACAGUCAAGAAGUGGAAUCUCGAUCGAGAUUUGCAGCUCAACACGCGUGUCAUCGGGGCCCAAUGGCAGGAUGAUUUGGCGCAGUGGAAGGUGACUGUCGAACAUGCGGGUUCCCAGAGGGAUGAGUACUGUCAUGUUCUUAUUUCCGCCAAAGGAGUCCUUGUCCAUGAAUCGUGGCCCAAGAUUCCUGGACUGCAGGAUUUCAAAGGCCACAUAACUCACUCGGCCGACUGGAAUCACAACUAUGACUACUCAAACAAGAGGAUAGCAGUCAUCGGCAACGGCUCUUCUGGAAUCCAGAUUGUUCCCCAAAUGGCCAGGCUCCCCGGCACAGAUGUUGUCAACUUUGUUCGUGGUCCAGCUUGGGUUUAUUAUCGAGCACCGCCGUCAAAACACCUCGGCCGAGAGGACGACGACCCAAACCCACCAUACUCGGAAGAAGACAAAGCUCGGUUCCAGGACCCUGAGCUUCAUCUUGAGCAUCGAAAGGGCAUCAUCUCCCGGACAAACAAGUCGUUUUACAUCUUCCGAAAGGGCGAGAAUAAUGACGCAGGCAUGAAGAUGGCCGCUGCACAGAUGGCUGAAAAGCUCAACCACGACCCUGUGCUAUGUAGCAAGUUGAUUCCAAAGUGGGAGCUGGGAUGCAGGCGUAUUACGCCAGGGCCAGGGUACCUGGAAUCAUUCCUGAAGCCACACUGCCGUUUGACAGAUAGCCCUAUCACAAAGGUGACGGAGAACAGUGUGUGCACGGCCGAUGGCGAGGAGUAUGAAUGUGACGUCAUCGUGUGUGCAACCGGCUUCGACGUUUCCUUCAGGCCUCGCCAUCCCAUCAUCGGCCUCAAGGGCGCCGAUCUCAGGGAGAAGUGGAAGGAAGAUCCAGAGUCGUACAUGUCGGUGGCGGUCCCCGAGAUGCCCAACUACUUCAUGAUGAUGGGACCAAACUGUCUCGGUGGACAUGGCUCCCUCGUUGAGUCACUGAACUGGACGGGCGAUUACUUUGUCAAGUGGAUCAAGAAGAUUGCCACUGAAGACAUCAAGCACGUUGUCCCCAAGCAAGACAAGGUGGAUGACUUCAUCAAGUACUGUGAUGAGAUACACAAGACGCUUGUCUGGAGCGGAGGAUGUCGCAGCUGGUACAAGAGAGGCACAAUCGACGGGCGAGUCACGUCCUUGUUUGGCGGUAGUGCUCAUCUGUUCAACCGCUUACUCCAGGACAUUCGGGCAGAAGACUUUGACAUCACGUAUAACACGGCAAACUCUUUCCGGUUCAUGGGAAAUGGCUUCACGGCUUUUGAGAUGGACCCGGAGAGCGAUCUGUCGUGGUACGUAGAGAAGGCGGAAACUCUUUCAACCUAG